UUCAGUGUAAUACUGUGCAGAACUUGCAUGUAUCGAGAUGGAAAAGGAAGGCUCAGAGGAGAGCACUACUGAUCUUACUACAGAGCUUUCCAGCAACCACAGAGAGGAGCACGCAGCAGGAGAAAUACAAAGCAGGCACAGCGAUGGAGAACUUCAAUGUCCUAUUCCCAGAUCUUGGUGAAGAACAGCAAGACAUUUUCCAGAGGGCUUUUGCUGCUGAUGCCAGUUACUUGGAGAAUCAAGAGAACAUGAACCAGUCCUUCUGGGAGCGCCUUGUGAAAGGGUUAGCCACCACUGAACCACCUAUCUUGAAUCCCGAAGAAAAGAGCAAUCUCCUCAACAGCUGUAGUGUCCUGCCUGGAGGCUGUGCAGCCUGCCUGAAAGCCAUAGAGAAGAAAGGAGUCAGGGCAAUGGCUGUUCUCUACCUCUUGCUGAAAACAACUGACCCAUCUGGAUACAGGCAGCUGCCCAGCUGCAAGGGAAAGGAUGAAAAACUGAAACUCCUGAAGAGAUUGGAAAGAAAUCUCAUACUUUCACAAAGGGAAGAAGAGGCUGAAGACUCAUCCCAUGAGUCCAUGGAUGAACAUACACAAGACAGUGAUGGGGAAGACUUAAGAAGACACAAGACUGAAGGCCAUUUACUUAGAGGCAUGCCAGCAGAGGUCGUUCCUUACAGUAGAGACUCAGAGAUUACCAGGAGAGAAGACUCAGCUGCAGAUGCCUACAAGACCCCCCAGCUCCAGCAGUGGGCACUGCGAUGGAUGGGCAUACGGAAGGACGAUGAGUUCUUCCAUUUUGUCAUUCUUUGCUUUGCAACUGGAACUUUACUUAUUUGCUAUUACUACUACAAAGAUUGGACUAUUUCUCUUGGAAUUGGUUUAGUAACCUUUGCUUCUCUGGAAACCACUGGGAUAUACUUUGGCCUAGUGUAUCGAAUCCGGAGCGUGUUUGACAGCUUCCUUCCUUUGAUUGACAAAUUCAGGCCAAAAGGUUUGUGGAAAGCUGCCUAGGAGGAGCACCUCAGAAAGCACUGCGGUCCAAAUUUCUAGUAUUAAAAGAACUGAAAUGACAAUAAAAACUUAAUGGCUACUGUGAAA